CCGACUGGUCCUACCUCAAAAUGCGGUGGCGCGGCCGUAUAAAAACGCCUUUUUGGAGUCAGCCGUCAAUUUCACUUCAUUUCAGUGCAUAUACUUUUAAAUUUGACUCAUUUUCUCUCUUUCUGCUACCUCAUACUGUUUGUGUUACAGCCUAAUUUCCAAGGAUGCAGCGCGGUUCCUAGCUUCGAAGUCAACCCGAGCUUCUCUGGCCGCAUGUGGUGAUGCCAAAAUGGCUCAAGAUCAGCAACAGAGAUUCCGACUACAGCGCCGAUUCUGAGCUAACCUCUGACUCGGAUUCUGAUCAAGAUUUUUGUGAGUUUCCCAGGAAGCCACGGCUUAAGGAUGAAAGUGACUGCGAAGUUGAGAUGGAUGCAAAUGAAACGUUUCCCAGGCUAAGAAGAAGGAAAUCAGAGACAUUCAGAGCACAAUAUAUAAGUUCAAAAGAAGUCAGGGUAUGUGUUGGCACAUGGAAUGUUGGCGGAAAACUUCCUUCAGAUGAUCUAGAUCUUGAAGGUUGGUUAAAUAUUGGCAAACCGGCUGAUAUGUAUGUGCUCGGCUUUCAAGAAAUAAUUCCAUUAAAUGCUGGUAAUAUCUUUGGUUCUGAAGAUAGCCGCCCAGUUUCAAAAUGGGAAAACAUAAUCCGAGAAUCUCUCAAUAAAAUCCCAUCAGGGAAUAAGUUCAAAUCUUUUACUGGUCCUUCUUCACCCUCAAGGUUUAAGCGUUCUGAAAAUAUCCAUGAUAUCGAACAAAGAACUGUAUUAGAGUCUGAUAGUGAUGAGGGAGAGGAAGAAGUUGUUCCUUUAGGUGAAGAGGAAUUCAAUGAAUAUGUUGAAGUCAAUGAUAGAAAGGAUAUGAUUUUCCCUGAAAGGGAGUCUUCUUUGCCAAGGAGAAUAGACAGAUUAAAUUGCUUUAAACAUGAAGAGUGUGAAGAAAAUGCAGAUGAACAGAAGUUACAAUGUGGAAAGAAAUUAACCAAAACACUUGGUGCUACACAGAAGAUUGGCCUGUGCUGGCCAGAACCACAAUUAGACAGUCUUCCCCAAGACAUUUUUGAAAGAUCUAAUUCAUUCAAAUCUCUGAAUUCUAUAAAGGCUUCCCAGUCUUUCAGAACAUAUAGAUCCUUCAAUUUGACUUCUAACAGUCAAAAUAAAGUGCAACCUGAUGUGGCUCUACUUGGAGACAUCGAUCUUGAAUCUAUGAUAAAACGGAAAAGAAGGCCACCAUAUGUAAGGAUUAUUAGCAAGCAAAUGGUUGGCAUUUUCUUGACCAUAUGGGUUCGUAGAGGUUUACGAAAACAUAUCCAGAAUUUGGAUGUGUCUACAGUUGGUGUUGGUGUAAUGGGCUUCAUAGGUAACAAGGGAUCAAUAUCGGUUAGCAUGUCUAUACACCAGACCCUUUGCUGUUUUGUUUGUACCCAUCUAGCAUCGGGGGAAAAAGAUUCGGAUGUGGUAAAAAGAAAUGCAGAUGUUCACGAAAUUCAGAGGAGGACACACUUUAGUGCAUAUUCUACUAUUGGGCUUCCUAGAAGUAUUAGUGACCAUGAGAAGAUAAUCUGGCUAGGUGAUUUAAAUUAUCGUAUGGAUUUGUCAUAUGAGAAAACACGGGAACUAAUAUCCAAAAAAGAGUGGUCUAAGUUAACUGAAAGUGAUCAGCUUACAAAAGAAUUGAAGAAAGGACACACUUUUGAUGGAUGGGCUGAGGGUAUUUUAAAUUUCCCACCCACUUAUAAGUAUGACAUAAACUCAGAGAAUUACAUUGGAGAGGAUGCAAAGUGUGGGAAGCGUACUCCAGCCUGGUGUGACCGUAUUCUUUCAUAUGGGAAAGGAAUGCGGCUUCUUAACUACGGGAGAUCUGACAUUAGACUUUCUGAUCAUCGGCCAGUGACUGCGUCUUACAUGGUAGAGGUUGAGAUAUUCUGUCCAAGAAAAUUGCAGCGCGCCCUCGCUUUUACUAAUGCAGAAAUUGAUAAAGAGGAUGGAAUUCUGACAUCUUGACCCCAAAACUUCAAAAUGACAAUACUGUACCUUAUAUCAAAGCUUAUGGUAAUUAUUAAAUUUGUCAUAUUGAUUUGGCGGUAUAGAGUGCUAUUUAUGGAGCCAUGGAGGCUCUAAGAGAGGGUAACCCAAAGGACUGAGGAAGGGAUGAAGAGGCUGCAUGUCACCAAAUGCAAGUAUGCAACUAUAGCUCUGCUUGUGUUCUUCCGAUUCUCUUAUUGAUCCACUUUGUUGAUUUGUAUAUUGCAUAAGUUGGUGUUGUAACUUCUGUAAUUAUUGAUAGAUUAUUUGGCUACUUUAGGCAUAAGCAUGGUAUCUCUGAUCUAUAGCAAUGGAGCAACUUUACAUUUAAAUAUCUGCAUUAUUUCGUAAAAGCUGUAUUUAUUUCUCACGAUUUUUAUUUUAUUUUAUCAUAA